AUGACGAAACGAGGGAGAAUUCACGAGCAGAACCAAAGGUUGCUCAUAGAAGACUGGCGGCAGGUGCGAGGCAACGACAGGCCCCUCAAGAAGUUUGCGGCACAGAAGAAGAAGUCGGAGAAGACCUGGGAGACUAGCAAGGAACAGACGGAGGAACAACCUGUUCCAUCCCUCGUAUCGUUAGAGGAGCAAACAACGAGCACCAGCCAUGAAGAUGUACAAAAGUUGCCGCCUGGUCAGCAAGAGGCGAUCCCUCCGAGCUUGGACCCUCAUCAAUGCGAGCUGGCAAAAGAUCCACCAGGCACUCCGACUGAAGCCUCUCCAGCUGAGGUUGAGCUGCCUAAGGUAGAAGCCACCAUGAAGGCGUCCCCCAAGAACAGGGGACUUGCCAUUGUGGAUCAUGCCUUGCACAUUCGUAAGGAGAAGCUGGAGAUGGUAGAGGAGACGCGUCCAGGGGGAGCAGAGGAAUCUGUGAUGGAGGAAGCUCGGGAGUUCUUGCAGAGUGAAAGGAAAAUGACGAUCGCCGAGAGAGCCAGGGCCAACACAAGAGAGCUGAUGGCCAUUCAGAGAAGAAAGGCUCGGACUAUCUCUAAGUCCAUGGCGCGCGUUCCUGAUCGCUCCUCUCAGAUGAUUCAUCGCAGGCAAAUCCUUCCAGCUGAAGAUCUGUUGGCCCUAGUCCCAGCCGUGGUCGAGCAGGAGCGGGAGAUCCAGCUGCCGCAGUCGUUCAAUCGCCUCAUCCAGCACUUCGACUGUCUCGACACUUCCCUCUCGUUCGCCAAGUCGAGGCGUCCGACGGAGGUCUGUACCUUCACCCAGCUUCAGCGGAACGUCCAGGACAUCUCAAAACGAGACUUUCCCCUACGAAGCCUCCAGCAGAUCGUCUCCGCAUUCCCAGCUGCCUACCGGCUGGGUUGGAUCGCCAAGGACGGAAGGUUUCAGUUGACCGUCGACUUCCCAAGCGAAGGACCUGGCUCCUCUCGUCCUUCACCCAGCCUUCUGCUCGAGAGGAAGCGGCAGCUCCGGAAGAAGAUGCUGGUGAGGGUGAAGGAGCAGCACGACCUGUUCCUAGAGGGAAAGGGGCUUCAGAAAGUGAAGGAGGAGAUGGCGAGGGAGUGGGAGGAGCACGAAGACGAGGACGAUCUCGUCUGGCACAAGGACUUCUCAGUGGAGAAGAUUCAAGACAUCCCUCCCGCCCCUCUUCCUCUCAAGCCCAACGAGGUCGAGGAGAUCAAGUUGGAGGAGGGCAAGAACGAGGCGCUCAAGGAGACGCUCUCGAAGUCCUCGGGGGCAGUCCGACAAGCUCUGCUCGCUGUCUUGAACCAGCGCGAGGGGAAGGAGAGUCAUGGGGGGACAGGGGAGGAGGCAAAGGAGGCGAUGGAGGAGGAGGCGAAGAAGGAGGUUCUCGCUAAGCCCGUCCCCAAGUCUCUUUCUGGACUUUCUCCUGCGCUGAUCGAGAAGAUUCGCCUCAAGGAGCUGAAGAAGGCGCAGGAGGCCAAGAAGGACGAGGCAAGUCCCCACAAGAGACGCGACGAGGCCUCGCAAGAGGCCCCAGCCCGCAGCGACAAGGCGCCGACGGGUCGAGUCAACACGGCCAAUGCGCUGCUCCUAGCAGAGAUGGUGCAUGCGCACUUCCGGCUGAGGGGGGCGUGCAGGAACGCGAUGCCGCUGCGAGAGCUGGCGGUGAAGAUGCUGGGGCAGCACAGGGACUCCUCAAUGACGAGAUUCGAGGGCCAGGUGGAAGAGCAGCUGGAGUUCAUCGCGCGGGUGGCGCCGUCCUGGUGCAGCAUGCGGGAGGACCCGCUGAACAAGGAAAAGAUAUUCUUGUGGCAGCCCGGCGCCUCCAUCACGGUCGUGCGGGCGGCUGUCAAGGAGCACAAGUGA